AAUUUCUAAAACUUUUUUAAUUUUAUAUUUACAUGUGAUUAUUUAAAACUCCAAACCCAGCACCCUCUGAUUCUAAAGCUUAAUGGUUUAGUAUGGUUCAUGCGGUACAAACCCUAUCCAGAGGAAGAAGAAGCAACAAUCUCACUACUGUCUACGGAAUCCAUACUCUUCAAAGCCCUAGCGCUAUCUAACUCUGGCUGAAACUCGCUUCUUCCUUCCCAAAUGCUCAUCUUUCAGCCAUGCUCAUCAUCUCUUUAUCCCAAGCGCACACUCAGCUCUCAAAUUUCCUUGCACCGCUUCUCUUUCCCCCAACUUCCAACCGUUGCAUUUCCAAAACAGAACCACUAUGCUCGAACCGGUAUUUCAUUCUUUGGUGCUAAACUAAAUCGUGCUCAGAGAAGGAGCAAUCAAGGUGUAAAGAGAGAGUUCGAAGAAGAGCAAGAGAAUGGUGGUGAUUAUUAUAAUGACGAUGAUGAUGGUGAAAAUGAAUUCCCGUCGCAGGUUAGAUUUAGCGGGAGGGAAGAAGAGAAGAAUUAUGACAAAGAUCCUGAAUUUGCUGAGAUUCUUGGGAGUUGUCUUGAUGACCCACAAAAAGCUCAAAGUAAAAUGGAGGAGAGAUUGAGGAGGAAAAGAAACAAGGUUUUGCACACAAAGACGGGUUCAGCUAUACCUAUGAAGGUCACAUUCAACAAAUUUGAUUUCUCAAACUCAUACAUAUGGUUUGAGUUCUACAAUGCUCCACUGGAAAAAGAUAUCACCUUAAUUUGUGAUGCAAUACGGGCAUGGCACAUAAUUGGACGCCUUGGUGGAUGCAAUUCCAUGAAUAUGCAGUUGUCCCAAUCAACUUUCAACAAAAGACCAAAUUAUGAUGCUAUUCAGGGAGCAAAUGUGACACCAACUACAUUUUACAAUAUUGGAGAUUUUGAGAUUCAAGACAACUUGGCACGUAUAUGGGAUGUUGAUCAAACUUUUACAGGGUGGAUAUUGGAAUCACAGAGCCAUUGCUUUUGGACGUUUUGAUUAAUGCACUGACACAGAUAAGCUCUGACUAUGUAGGAAUUAAGCAGAUGGUGUUUGGUGGAUCUGAAUUUGAGACUUGGAAGGAGAGCUUGACAUCAGAAGAUGCAGGUUGCAGCAUCCACCAGAUUUAGCAUUUUGUUCAGCAAAAACAUUUACUUAUCCUCUUUUUCUAAAUUGUGUAAAUAUCGAGUAACAAGAGAUGUAACAAAACAAUUAGAAUUCUCAAAGAUUUUGGAGGGAUAGUUUACUCGGGCAUAUGCUCUAAGAGACGUAUUUGUGGAAAUUAAGAUAAGAGUGAUCAAUUAAAUAGUCAUACUUGCUAGGCAUUUAUAUUUUA